AUGAUUAAAUCAAAUAUCAAUUCAAUAAGAUUACCGGUAUCAAAAGAUCCUAACCAAGAAAGCAUAAUCCAAGAAUUGUAUAAUGGUUUACCGGCUGGAUGGUCUACGAAUGAAAAAAAUGAAGUUUUAAAUGAAUUAGGAUUAGUGAUGGUAAAUAUUGAAGAAAGAGAAGAAGAAACCCAAGAAAUUCAAAAAAACGAAAACGAAGCUAAACAAAAAACAAAAGAAAUCAUGAAUGAAAAACCCGAAUAUGAAAAUGAUCCAAAACCCAAACCAAACCACCAAUUACCCAAACCGAUAUCCGAACUCUUGAACGAACUAGAACUGGAAGAGAUCGCCGAAGAAAAACUAAACCAAACCCCAAAAGAAACAUCAGAAGACACCACGAGUUUUUCAGAUUCGGAAGAAGAAAUCGACAACAAAGAUUUCCAAGAAGAAGAAGAAGAUUUACAAAAAGUUAUAAGCCAAUUAAAGUUAGAACAAGAAAAAGAAGAUUUAAAGAGUUGGGGAAGCAAAGGAUUAGAAGGAUUAAAGAAUGCAUUUCAAUCUAACCUUACAACAAAAACUAUUGAAUCGGAUUCAAGUUUAGAAAACCUAAAACUUCAGAAUCAAAACUUAUCUUCUUCUACAGUUCAAGGUUCAAAACCUAAAAAAUCAGUUAGUUUUGCACUCGAUCCAGAUUUAUCUAAAGAUCCCACUCAUUCAACUUCAACUUCAAAUCCUUCAAGUUCAUCAAAUCCUUCGUUACCUAUUGGAGGCAUCAUGUUACCAGAUAUCAUUGAACAUCCCAUCAAAACCUCAUCCCUUCUUCAAGCCGCCCAACCCAACCGAAACCCAAUCAAUGGUCAAAACGCUCACUUGAAUCCUCGCUUAGCAAGUUUAUUACCCAAAUCAUAUCUUCAAUCGCACCAAACCCCCACCGAGAAUUUCGAACCAAGUAGUAGUAGUAGUAGUACUCAACCAAAUCACAAUCAAGGAUCUUCAGAAGAAGAGUAUGAAGAAGAUUAUGAUGAAGAUCAGAGUGAUGAAGAUGACGAAGGAUUAUACGAACUAAGUGAAGAAGAAGAAGAUCAAGAAGGAUGGUCCAAUGAUGUAGAUCUCCAAACGGCAUUAGAUAUGAGAGAAGCAGCCUUAGAGUAUCAUUCGAAACGCCAAAGCUUAGGGAUCGGAAUCGGAAGUGGAUCAUUAGGAGGAGAAGAUGUUCCGAUAGAUGAGAAUGAAGAAGAAGAAUGGGUUCCACUUGAUCAUCAACCAAAAGCUAAUGGGAUUCCAAGACAAGUACCUAGUACUUCUAGAUUCAAAUCAGGUCGAUUGUCUAGAUGGAAAUCUAAGAUGAUGUCUAGUACCAACCCAAACUUAGAAACAGAACAAAGCUUAAUAAAAGAAGGCAAGUUGUUAGGAAUCGAACCGAUUGUCCAAGGACGGUUACCGAUCAAUGGAUCAACUGUUUAUCAAUUACCAAGUCGAACUGAACAAUCUACUGAACUGGAUGAAGACUUAACGGCCGAAGAAAUCCAGGUCUUAUCUUCUCGAUUGAAUAUCUUAUCUAUGGAUGAAGAAAGUAGAAUAGCAGCUGAACGAGCUGGACAUGAAUUAAUGGGAUGGAUGGAAAAAGUUAAAAAAGGUGAAGUUUUAAUACAACAAGAAGAAGAAGGGUUUAUGGAGUCUCAAGUUAAUGAAGAGAAGAUGAAUGGAAUUCUUGAAUCGAAGAUGAUGAAGGAAGUUGUGGAAGUGGAUUCGAUGGAAGGGGUUUCUUUAAGAUCUGAUCUACCACCCGAAAUUAAGAUUGUGAAAAAAUCAAACACAAAACUUGAUGAAACUGGUUCUAAACCUCAGAUCAGUUUGUUGACCAGCACGACAAAUGAGAAUCAUCAAAAGAAAGGAUCUGAUUCGAAAGAAAUCUCACAUACUCUUCCAGUGGCUAAAAAACUUUCAAGAUUUAAAUCUGAGAAAUUAAAUCAACAACAAUCGUUUUGA